CACUCAGUACGAUUAAUAUCUCACUGUAAUAUGGCUGAUUUAGAUACUACUGUCGCUUCAAUGCUAGAACUUAACUUCACAAGUGUUCAAAAAGAUCACGUGGUUAAAUCAACAAUAGAGUCUGAUGUACAUUUACCUGUGCUUAUAACUAUGUUGGUGUGUGCAUGCUUCAUGAUAUGUUUGGCAUGCUUCUACAUGGUCAGGAAGAUUCCAGCUGAUAAUUUUAACUUAACAUGGAUUUCAUCAUAUGUUACUAACGCACGAGAAUGGGUGUCCGUCUUAGACGACAACGAGAAUAAGAAAGAAAAAUUUUCGACCAACUUUCAAAGCAUAAACGAGGAAUCAAUCGAAAGUCAGCUUCAUUCAUAGCGAAAAUGAAAUUGAAAAACUGUUUCGUUUGGUUGAAAUAUUUAUUAUUGAAUGAUAGAUACACAUGAACAAAUGUAUAUGUUUAAUAAAAGACUACGAUUAAAGCAUGUAUAGA